CCAUUCUGAUUCUUGUUGUUGGACUGAGGAGUAAAAACGCGGUUUCCCACACAAAGUAUAGGAUGAUGUCCAUCGUCCCAAUCACGUUACCAACCUCGCUAAUAACUAGAGUCUAUUAAUUUUCUCUCUUUUUAUAGAUAGAUGAAAUCUCGUUCUAAAUUACCACUUUUGAUGCAUGCAUGGCAAUCUUCUUCUCCCUCCUUCAGCAAGCUAAGUGGUUCUAAGAAAUGGAAAAUGAGAAAUGGGACCCAUAAGCAUAACCCAUUAACCCCCUCUUUCUCUCUUAACUAGUUCACACUUGAGAUAUAGAGAGAGAGACAGAGAAGGGUCAACGGUCAACGACGACGUUUACCACCAUAUUCUUAUUAUAUUCUCUUCCUUGCUUUCUUGCUUCCAUAUAGCAUUCCUCUGCUUUAAUUUUAUGUAUGUGUGUUGUGACUGUGUUGGGUUCAGUAUAUCAUCAUGGCCACACCUCAAGAAUCUGUACAAGGCAGCAGCACCUGCAACUUCUUCACCAAGUUCAGUUCACUUUCCUCACUUGCCAAGUUGCUUCUCCCAACCCCUCGUCGUCUCAAGCUUGAUCCUUCCAACAAGCUCUUCUUACAUUAUGCGCCGGGAAAGCAGGUUAGAAGUGCCAUCAAAAUUAAAAACACCAGCAAAUCCCAUGUAGCUUUCAAGUUUCAAACUACUGCACCCAAAAGUUGUUUCAUGCGUCCACCUGGGGCUAUUCUUUCGCCAGGCGAGAGUCUAAUUGCAACCGUGUUCAAGUUUGUAGAGCCUCCAGAAAACAAUGAAAAACCACAAAAACCUGCACUCAAAUUUAAAAUCAUGAGCUUGAAGGUCAAAGGACCAAUGGACUACAUCCCUGAGCUGUUCGAUGAACAGAUAGACAAAGUGAUCGUAGAGCAGAUUUUGCAGGUUGUUUUUCUGGAUCCAGAGCGUCCUAGUUCUGCUCUGGCGAAACUGAAUCGGCAGCUAGCUGAGGCCGACGCUGCUAUGGAGGCGCGUAGGAAGCCUCCGGAAGAUGCUGGUCCUAGGAUUAUGAGUGAAGGGCUUGUCAUAGAUGAAUGGAAAGAGAGAAGGGAAAGGUACCUAGCAAAGCAGGAGCAGCAGGGGACUCUGUAUAGCGAAUGUUAGAAUUGAACAUUAGCCUCAACAUGCACACUGAACUUGGUUGCAUUUUAAUGCAUCUACAAAUUACUAAACUACUAUUCAAGUUCGUUGAGACCUACCCCACAAUGCACAAUUCUCCAUUCAUUGGUUGUUAGGAAUUUUUUUAAUAAAUAAAUAUAUACUAUAUUUCCAUGUAUUUAUUUUUUCCAUCAAAUUCAAGACCCUUGGAGCUAGCAUAUAUGGUUAGUAAUAGUAUAGUAUAGCACAAGAAAGUGCUUCCUUCA